AUGGCAUGACUCCUCUAUUCUUCCAGCAUUUCUGGCAACUCAUUAAAGUUUUCUUCAGUAAGAAUGCUUCUGUGGGGCUCAAAGCUGAAAUUUGUCAAUGUCUACAAGGAAUUGAAGUCUGUCACUCAUCUAGAUACCUUGGUCUACCUUUGGGCAUUGGUAAAAAUAAAAGAGAA